AUGGAUCCUUCUCUCCGCCUCCAUGACGUGGAAAUAAUAGAAAUUGAUGAUGAUGAUGACGACGACGACGAGGAUGAGGAUGAGGAUGACAACCUGGAAGAUGAUUUGGACGAUGAUGAUGAGGACGACGACGACGAGGACGAGGAAGAGGAUCAGGAAGAGGAUGACAUGGAGGAGGAAGAUGAAGAAAACGAAGAAGAGGACGAUAUGACUGGAACUGAUUCUAUGGAGGAAAGAAGUUCGGAUUUUGAAGAAACCGAGCAAGGAAAUGUCAUUACAAUAUCCUCUGGCCUAGGUUCCCCAAGCUUAUUGGCGACCUCCAAUAUACAACAAGUUAUAAACCCACUUCGAAAUACAGCGGACCGUGUAGCAAGCCAAAUCGAAGCCUUUGCCCAGAAUUUAAAUCAAUUUAAGCAGCAUACUCGUGCAAGUCCAGGCGACCCAGAGGCGUUUCGUGAAGCUUGCAAAUUAGUCCAGAAAUAUCAAAAAAUUGCAGAGACAUCCGCGAAAGAACUGUCAACGACAAGUACCUCUCGUAAAGCGAAGCAAUCAGCAAUUAAUCGAGGCUCUGGCGCUAACCAGGGUUCGAAUGGGAGGCUGGAUGAGCAAAUUAGGCGUUGGCAGUUAGAAGCUGAAACUUGGGAGCUGCUGCUUCAAAUGCUCUCCAUUGACGAUCCUGAGUCACGCGCUCGGGCACAACGAGCUCAACAAACUGUCUUCCAAUCCCUGCAUCGAUACUCGUCCGACCAGGAGGUCUGGAAUAAAUUUCUCGAGGCAGACCAUUUUGCAUUGGAGAACUUUGUUGUAUUAAAAUGGCUGGAGAAAACCGCGAGGUCAUCGCCCCAAGAUAUCGAUGGGUUUGAUUUCGGAGUUAGAAACCCAAGCCGAAAGAGGGCGCGAAACGACUACGAUCGUGGCCACAACCGCUGGAACCUGAGGAUCCAGGACUGA